UUCGCGAUGGCCGCUCGUUUAACAUUAUUUUGUUUUAGGACAUAAACAAAUAUUUCGUAAAAUAUUACGCUUUGUAUGGUAACUACACCGCACCGGGAACGUAUCGACAUUGUUAUAACUGAGCUAUUGUGCCCAAUGGCAAAAACGGAGUUAUCUUUUCAGUUUGGUACUCAGUGUUUUUCCCUGUUCGUCCUAGGCCUAGCUUCACUUGAGCGGCGGGUUGGUAGUUUCGGAUGAAACGGGCAAUCGGUUUGAAAGAGGCAGGUUCCGUUAGCUUGCUAAACGUCAUUCACUCGCCUAACUUAGGUCGAUCUUUGCGACGUUGUACAUAAAUAAUAUUUUGAAUAACCACUUUCAAAUUUAUGAAACUUAACUAGCUAGUUGGGAUUUGAAUAGCUAGCUAGGUAACAAGUUAACUUGUUAAAUGAAACUGAGUAUGGUAGCAGCUAACGCUAGCUACACAUGCUAAUCUAGUUUAGAUAUAGCUAGUUAGUCAAGGUGAUCCGAAGUAUAUAACGAACGUUACAAUAAGCUACCUUAGUUAUCUAAAUCAUAACUAUCGGAUUGAAAAUAGUGGAAUCCUAUCAAAACACAGCUAGCUAGCGUGUGACGUUGUCAUUGUUUUGACAGCAGCACCAGGCUGGAGCGAGUUUACAGUAUGCCAGAGUUAUAGCAUGGAUCCAGACAGUGAGCCGGAUACACAACGAGCUCUCAGUUUGCAAUGGAAGAGCUAUAAGCUCGUCCAAGACCCAGCCAUCCGGAGGGUUAACAACAAAAUAUACCGAUAUGAUGGGGUGCAUUUCAGUGUGCCGGACUCGGGGUUCCCCCCAGUGGGAGAUUUGCGGGACCCUCGACCUCGUAGAAUCUGGUCCAGGCACACAGAGAUGGCCCUGCCAGUGCCCAAGUUCAAACUGGAUGAGUUCUACGUGGGCCCCAUUCCCCUCAAGGAGGUGACCUUUGCUCGCCUCAAUGACAACAUCAAGGAACCCUUCCUGGCUGAGAUGUGCGCAAAGUUUGGAGAGGUGGAGGAGAUGGAGAUAUUGUUUCACCCCAAGACCCGUAAGCACCUGGGCCUGGCCCGCGUGCUCUUCACCAGCACCAGGGGGGCGAAGGACACGGUCAAACAGCUGCACAACACCUCCGUCAUGGGUAACAUCAUUCACGCUCAGCUGGACAUCAAAGGCCAGCAGAGGCAGAAGUAUUAUGACCUGAUAGUGAGUGGCUCCUACACGCCCCAGACUGUGCCCACAGGAGGCAAGGCCCUGACAGAGCGGUUCCAGCCCCCAGCGCCAACACAACCAGACACGUCGUCCGAUAUCAGGCGGAGACUGUCCUCUGAGAUAGCUGGCCUGGCUGCGGGCUUGGCUGCAGGGGUACCGGCUCUCACCCCUGGGAGCACCACCCCCUGCUCUGUGGACACAGGCUUCAGUGAGCAGCGUCUAGAUACGACCCCCUCCUCCAUGGGGGGGCCCUACACCCCAGGCUCCUCCGCUUCCUCACAGGGAGGAGGAACGCCCUACACCCCUCGCUCUGUCUCACAGGACUCGGGCUACGCUGUUGCCAGACAAGUUGGAUACAGUGCUGGCCCUUUGACCAGUGGCUACCCUCCCCAGGACAUGCUUCCCUCCUCCUCCUGCUCCUCCUCUACUGUCUCCUCCUCAGUCGGGGCAUACAAAGCUCCCCGGUACUCGGAGGACCCCCAUGCACCUCCUCAAGACCCCUACCAAAGGUGUCGCCCCACAUACCCCCCUACCGGCCCUUUCCGUCCUAACGAGCCCCCGCUCUACCCCACAUACCCAAACGCUGGAGGGGCUGGACAGCACAUGGCACACCACCCUGCAAUGCCUCCCCCACCUCUUGCACCCCAGUACGAGCAGCCCCCUCUGGCAGACCGGGACAGAGAGAGGGACAGAGAGCGGGACAGGGACUCAGGAGGGCGGUACGGUGCCGGUGGGACUGGCUCUAGAAGGUCAUCUUACCAGGAGGCCAACUCUUCCUCCAAGUAUUCCCACCACUCGCAUCACUCAGAGAGGGAGAGGGGCUACAGACGGGACAGCCUGGGCUCCAGAGAACACGGCAGACACCGUAACCACCACUCACACAAUCACAGCAGCAGUAGUAGCAGCAGCCGGCGACGGAGCAGCCACGACCGAGACAGCAGGGAGAGGGACAGAGACAGCGACUACUCAAACAGCUCCGACCCGAGAUUCAACUCCAACUCCCACCGCUCCUCCUCCAACAGUCUGUCCCCGCCUCCAUCUGCCUACCCCUCCUACUCCUCCUCCAAAGACCAACCCCCUCCCCACAACCCCUCUGUCUCCUCUCGCCUAGAGCCCUGCUCAGUGUAUCGUGCCCAGCCUAGUGGUGCUGGUUCUGGGGAGAGGGGGUCUGUGUCUGACAAGGACCCCCGAUCCCACCACACCCCUCUGCCGCCCCCUCCACCACCUCCCCUCCCCCUGCCUCUUCUCCAUGGAACAGGACCUCUGCAGGAGGAGACAGCCCAACCUGAGCCUAUUGAUCCAAGGACCAGACAAGGGGCACAGACACCCCCCUACAACGGAAAGAGUCAGUCAUCCCCUCAUUCCUCUGGGGAAGACAUGGAGAUCUCUGACGAGGAUGAAGAACACACCAUUACAGCAGUGACCACCCACCACGCCACUCCUUCCUCUGUCUCUUCACCAUCUUCAUCCCAGGCCCCCCUGCCCUCCCAGACAGACCCCUCUGCCUCCCCCUCUGACCCCACACAGCACUUUGGCACAUCCAUGCCUGCUCCACCCAUCCCCUCUUACCCCCUCACCUCCCUCCCCCGGCAGUAUGGAGCUGAUGAACCAGUACAGUGGCGGAGCCCCAUGUCCUUCCAGAUGCAGACCCAGAUGCUGAGUCGGCUGCACCAGCUGAGGAUGUCCUCCUCUAAUGGCACCGCUGCCCCUGGCGACGCCCCCUUCAGACUACUACCACUCCAUGCCCCCUCCCCCACACCCCCACCACCCCUACAUGGACCAAGAAGGGGUGGCUAUGAGCAGGAUCAGCACUACAUGCCCCCCCACAUGCCCUACGCCUACCCUGGCCCCUCUCAGAUGCCCCACCACCACGCCAUCCCCCCUCCACACACGGGCUGGGCCCCGCAUGUCUUACCCGAACACUACGCGUACCACACCCCUCCGCCCUAUGGGACAAUGCCUCCUGUGGGGGGAGAGGCCCAGUAUGGGGCGGAGGGAGACCCCCAAAUGCCCCUGCUAACAGAGAACCCCCACGAGGCCACAGUGCAGCUGGUGCUGGCCACCCUCAUCCAGGAGAUGAAGAGCAUCAUGCAGAGGGACCUCAAUCGCAAGAUGGUGGAGAACAUCGCCUUUGGAACCUUUGACGAGUGGUGGGAGCGCAAGGAGACCAAAGCCAAGCCGUUCCAGACCAUGGUUCGGGGUGUGGCUGCAGUAAGGGACGAGGACAAGAAGGAGGAGAACAAGGCCAGCAGCAAGCCCCGGGAGCCCCUCAUGUCUCUGGUGGACUGGGCCAAGAGUGGAGGAAUGGAAGGCUUCUCACUGAGAGGGGCGCUACGACUACCAUCAUUCAAGGUGAAGAGGAAAGAACCUCUGGAGCUAGCAGAGGUAGGGGAGAUGAAGAGACCCAAGACACCGCCAGAGGAUGACGACGAAGACUCGUACCAUGACAAGGGUCUAGAGGGAAGAAUGGCAGAUGGGGAGGGCCACAGGGCUGAGAGGGACAGCAGGCGGAGGAAGAAGAAGACGAGAAGUCGUAAACCUUGGGACCUGGACAGCGAAGGAGAAGAGACUUCUGAUGGUUCUUCUUCAGAUAAGGACGAUGAGGAGGAGGGAAGUGACAAGGGGUCUGAAGAUGAGGCCUUGAGUGCGGACAGCGAUGAUGAGAGCCUCUCCUCAUCCACAGAGAGUUCUUCCUCCUCAACAUCAUCAUCCUCCUCUUCCUCCGAAGACGAGGAUGAGGAGGAAGGAGAGCAGGCCGGCAGUGGACUGGACACCAUGGAUGAGUCUACGAUGGACAGCACAGCUCUGGACACAGAGAAGGGGGAUGACCGAGAAAAGUCUGCAGCUGCUGUUCCAAAGGCACCGCUCAGCGCCGAGAUCAAAGCUGAAAUUGCUGCCAGCAAGAAGGAUUCAUCAACACUCAGCUCAAACGCUCGUCCUUCAGCCCCCCGCCCCUCCUCCCCAAUUGUCAUUGUGCCUCCUCUCAAGAAGCGAAGGAAGACCGUCUCGUUCUCUACCGGGGAGAGCGACUACAAACCCCACCUUCCAACUGUCCCCUUGUCCCCACCUCCCUCCACUGCCUCUCCUCUCUUGUCCCACAUGAAAUCUCACCUUCCAGACUCCAUUUUCAUCGCCUCCACACCUGGAACCACCCCCUCCAAGACUCUCUCACUCCUCCCCUUUGCCUCCAAACCAGGCGAAGGCAAUGCCCUCUCUCCCUCCCCUGUUCUCACUGUUCCCUUGCCUGUAUGCCCCGAAGACUCAAAAAAUAGCCCUGUCCCUCUGGUGUCCCCCUCAAUCACACCCACCAAGUCCCCCAACAAACGGGGGGCCUCCCCCAAAUCCCCCUCUCCAGUGUGGGUGUGUCGCACUGUGCAGAACCUCCCUCUGGACCACGCCUCCAUGGUCAAGAUGGCCUUUGAGGAGGCCCCGCCCCCUGUCACAAAGGGCCGGGGCAGGGGACGCCCCAGGACUGUCAGCCUGUCGACCCCCACCCCUCCCCCCUCCUUCCACACCCUCAGAGAGGAGGAGGAGGAGGAGGAGGAGGGACUGCUGAGACUCGGUGAACAGCUGGGAGCAUCCAGCCUGCUACAGCUGGGCUCGGCGCCUAUGGCCGAUCUGUCUGUCCUGGCUGAUGUGGCCCUGAAGCUGGACCCAGACGCUGGAGACUCAGAAGAGACGGAGACGUCAGACGAGGCAGAGGAGCAGAGGAUGGAGGAGGAGAUGCUCCUCUCUCCCAAAGCCCUCCCCCUGGUUAUGGACCCACAGGGCCUGUCUGCCCUGCAGGAACACAACUAUUCCAAAGCCCCCUUCCACCUCAUCCAUGCCCAAAAGAGGAGUGUCUCCAAACAGGAGUCUGGGGUGCUCCUCCCUGCAGACUUCAACCAUCACGCCAUCUCUGGGGUGCUGGAAGCUCCCGAGGAGGUCAUAGGGGAACCCCUGCCCUCUAGGGACAGACACCAGGCUGAGUAUCUGUCUGGCAUGGGGCUUCUGUGUGAGGAUGGAGACAUGGCCAAGCCCUCUGUGCUGACAUCUCUCACCCUAUCAGCCAAGAGGAAGGGAAUGGUGGCGAGGGGCAGUGAACUGGAGGAGAUGGGGAAAGAGAAGAACAAGAAGAGGAGGAGGAAAGAUAAGGAAAAUCUGGAGUUGCAGCAAACGAAAAAGCAGAAGGAACAUCAGACCAAGAAACAGAAGAGGAAACUAGAGGAGGUGGACCUGGAGGAGGAUGUGGACGUGGAGCAGCUGGAGCCGGGUGAGCUGUCUAACACGGAGGACGAGGAAGAGUGGGACGAUGUGAGGAAGAGCGAGCGCCUCUUCCUCCAGGAGGCCGGGUUGACUUCGUCACAGCGUUGGCCCAAGCCCAUCCCUGCCCCGGAGCCCGUCACGUUUGACCAGCGCAGCGAGUUUGAGCAGAUGACCAUCCUGUACGACAUCUGGAACUCUGGUCUAGACAUGGAGGACAUGACGCUGCUGAAGACGACCUACGAGAAGCUGCUGCAGGACGACCACAGCACCGACUGGCUCAACGACACACACUGGGUCCACCACACUGUUACCAACAUCCCCAACCCGCGGCGUAAGAAGAAGAGUGCAGACGGGCAGCUGCGGGAGCAUGUGACAGGCUGUGCCAGGAGCGAGGGCUACUACGCCAUCAGCAGGAAGGAGAAGGAUGUCUACCUGGAUCUGGAACUGCCUGAGCAGGCCCUACUGGAGGCUGCCGACUACGACGCCUCGGGCUCAAACCGGCUGCUGUCAGAGAGACGGUCGGAGCAGCGCCGCCUCCUCAGUGCCAUAGGCAUCCCUGCAGUCAUGGACUCUGACCUGCUCAAACUCAAUCAGCUCAAGUUCCGUAAGAAGAAGCUUCGAUUUGGCCGCAGUAGGAUCCAUGAAUGGGGCCUGUUCACCAUGGAGCCCAUUGCUGCUGAUGAGAUGGUCAUAGAGUAUGUGGGCCAGAAUAUUAGACAGAUGGUGGCUGACAACAGAGAGAAGCGUUAUGCCCAGCAGGGCAUUGGGAGCAGCUACCUGUUCAGAGUGGACCACGACACCAUCAUUGAUGCUACCAAGUUAGGCAACCUGGCACGCUUCAUCAACCACUGCUGCACUCCUAACUGCUAUGCAAAGGUGAUCACCAUAGAAUCCCAGAAGAAGAUCGUGAUCUACUCCAAGCAGGCUAUUGGCAUGAAUGAAGAGAUUACCUACGACUACAAGUUCCCUCUAGAGGAAAAUAAGAUUCCCUGUCUGUGUGGAACAGAGAACUGCCGUGGGACGCUCAACUAAGAUACCACAGCAUGACCACUCUCACACAGGUGUGGCAGUACCCCGUUUCAGUCCCUCCUGUCCCCGCACCACAACCCCUGACUAUAACCAAGAACAAAGCCACACCCACCACCAACAGCCCCCCUCCAGACCCCAAAGCUCACCUGCUCCUCCAGACUGUCAAACAGUUGUCUGUACCAUAUCCAGAAAACAGAGAGAGACAUGCAACAUUUGCACUGUUCACACGCUUUAAUUUACCUGGGGUUCUGGUUUAUUAUCUUAGGGGCUGUGAGACUCUCCUUCCCAGGGAUGUGAUUAAUAAUCGGGCCCCCUCUCCUGUACCCUAAACCCCUGAAAUGCAGCAUUAGUCUCCGCUGUAGCAGGAUUUAAUAACUUAGGACCACCUGUUCCCGUUCGUUCAAGGGUGGACAUUUUUUUCUCCUCUUCCAACAGCCUUUCCUUAGAAUAGAGAAUGCAACCGUAACCUAUCAGAACUGGUGUUGUGUGUCUUGUCUGCCUCCGCACAGAUAGAGAGUGGUCCGGAAGCUCCCGCUAACCCAAUCCCUCUGCCCACACCAAUCCGCACAUAAACGCACAGGAUUUACAAACAUAUUCAGGGUUUUAAAGGCGUUCGUUCGCAGUGUUAGUUACACACUCUAAUCCAUUGGGACUUCAGUUAUGCAAGAUUUCCAAAAAUGAAGAUUGUUUGAGCUUUGUCAUUUUAUAGUAUUGCAUAUUCUUAUUACUAUUCUUGUUCUGAUUUAGUUGCGUGAGCUGUAGGUGGGUGCGUGACUCCUCUCACCAGUUUGUUUGGCGGAGAGAUCAUUGACUUAAAUUUGUUUUUCACCAUGCUACAUAAGAACAAAUCAUUUGUAGAUCAAAUAGUCUAUGGUGUCACAUCAGUUUAUCUUUAAAGCUUAAGAUGGCUGCUGAGUUUUAGUCUGCAGGUUUAUCUAAAUUUGGAAUGCUUUGUUAGUUCCUUUUACGUUGUCCCCUUUCCCCAUUGUGAUGUUGUCCCUCCUCACGUUAGGAAGCAGAGAAAGGACCUGACCCAUGUGUAUCUGUGUGUGUGUAUCUGUGUGUUUUAAGAGAAUGUAUUCUUACGGAUGCGAGUAAGUUUUUAUUCCAGUUGUGUGAAUGUGCUCACUGUCAAUUAGUAGUUUUGUGCUAUUGAACAAGCUGCAAAUGUCAGUUUGUAUGACAUGGUCAAGGCACACUGUCAGGAAAAAUGUUUCUAUGAAAUCUCCCUUAUUUGGCAAACCAUUAGACAAAUCUGUUCAAAAAAUGUUUUUAAUUUAAAUGUAACCUUUAUUUAAGUAGGCAAGUCAGUUAAGAACAAAUUCUUAUUUACAAUGAUGGCCUACCCGGACGACGCUGGGCCAAUUGUGGGCCACCCUAUGGGACUCCCAAUCACGGCCAGAUGUGAUACAGCCUGUAAUCGAACCAGGGACUGUGGUGACGCCUCUUGCACUGAGAUGCAGUGCCUUAGACCGCUGCGCCACUCGGGAGCCCGAACAUAACUCUGCCCCAUUGACCCCAAUACAAGUGUUGAGGUCUGUGUAUGUUGGACUUUGUCACUUAGUGUGUGUUCUGAAUGGUUUUAAAGGGUGAACUUGUGUAGAUCAGAUCUGGUAAAUCUAGUUUCUAGCUUGACUUGCUCUCAACUCAAGCUGUCGCUGUCCCAGGUUUUAAUCUCUGAUUUGGAUGUUUUAAAUGUCACAAGGCCCCUCGGUGUUCUGUUCCUUCCACAGCAGAAAAGUUAUCAAUAUUUCUUGUUGCAACAGGUGCUUUUCAGUAAAAACCAACCCUCUUACUUUAAAAAUAAAAAGAUGGAAAAAAAGUUCAGACAAAUGUACAUAUUGUAGAGGUGUUUGUUUCUCGUAGAAACACACUGGUUCCAGUCUGUAAAUACGUUGUUCCUUUCCUACUUCCCAUGAGGAAAACUGUACAUACCUUCCAUUGUUCUUUUUUGUUUUUCCUUUUAAUUUGAUUUUAAUAUUAUUUGCAAUAUUUCUCUUGUAUUAAUGCGUUGGACUCUUUUAUUAAUGGUGCAUUAAAAUAUUUUUUAAAAAGUGAAA